AUGGAGAAAAUAAACCGAUGGUGUAGUGACGCCACAAAUCAGCUGAUACCAGAUUUUAUUUCUUCGCCAAACGAUGUCGAUCCAAGGACCCGAUGCUUGCUUCUUAAUGCUAUCCACUUUAAAGAUUCCUGGAGCUCCAAGUUCAAUCCUAGUUGUACGAAAUCUCAAGAUUUUCAUAUUGAUGGACAAACAAAGUUUCAAUUGCCUAUGAUGUCUGAAGACGUUCCCGCCGUUCUCAGCGAAUCCUCAGAGCUGGGUAUUCGACUGCUGAAAUUGAAUUUGAAUUGCAAAAAGUUCUCCUUCGUUGUUAUGCUGCCAAAGGAGCGUUUUAAAUUGCCCAGUCUCGACAAGGUUUUGCAUGACGGACAUUACAAAAGCUUGAUUGCCUCAAAAGACUUGACUCACGUCCGAGUGACUCUUCCGCGAUUCGAGCUCACCUUCAAAACGGAACUGAUUAAGGUAUUCUCGAGCAUGGGUAUCAAUGACCUCUUCGUCGAAAAUGUGGCAGAUUUGUCCGGUAUCACAAAAGCGGAAAAACUCUAUGUGGAUGAGGCGCUUCAAAAAUGUGUAAUUCGAGUUACCGAGGAUGGCAUUGAAGCAGCUGCUGUCACUGAAAUCCGGUGUAUGCCUCUUUGUGCAAUUUUUACUACACUCACAUUUUGCGUGGAUGAACCAUUCCAUUGUAUGAUCUACUCGAAUAUACUCGAAUCGCCAUUGUUUGUUGCCACUGUUCGACGUCCCACUCCUAUUGAAUCUAAAGACGCUUAA